AUGCUCUUCCCCCGGCCCAUUCAUCUUCCCUGGACAUCCCUGCGAUCGCUGCGGCCCCUCCAACCUUCACGCCUCUUCUCCAUAUCCCGCCCUCGAUACAUCAUCGACAUGGGGACCGUGGAUACAACACAGCGGCUGUCGCAGCUGCGGCAGCUGAUGCGGGAUCAUAACGUGGAUGUCUACAUUGUUCCCUCCGAGGAUAGCCACCAGUCCGAAUACAUUGCGCCAUGCGAUGGCCGUCGAGAGUUCAUCUCGGGUUUCUCUGGCUCUGCCGGUACUGCGAUUAUUUCCCUGGACAAGGCCGCUCUGUCUACCGACGGUCGCUACUUCAACCAGGCUGCCAAACAGCUCGACGCUAAUUGGCAACUCCUCAAGCGCGGAGUUGAAGGAGUGCCCACAUGGCAAGAGUGGACUACGGAACAUUCCCAAGGAGGCAAGGCUGUUGGUGUUGAUCCUUCCCUGAUCACGGCUUCCGGCGCGCGAAAGCUCGCAGAGACCCUUGAAAAGAAUGGCUCGUCACUCAUGGGUAUUCAACAGAACUUGGUGGAUCUGGUCUGGGGCAAGGACCGCCCGGCGCGUCCUAGUGAGGAGGUGCGCGUGCACCCUAUCAAGUAUGCCGGCAAGCCCUUCCAAGACAAGAUUGCCGAGCUGCGCAAAGAGCUGGAGACGAAGAAGAAGGCUGGAUUUGUUGUCUCUAUGCUUGACGAAAUCGCCUGGCUGUUCAACCUGCGCGGAAACGAUAUUCCCUACAACCCUGUGUUCUUCUCCUAUGCCAUCAUUACCCCUACCACCGCGGAGCUCUACGUUGACGAUGAGAAACUCACCCCCGAGGUCAAGGCCCAACUCGGCCAAGACGUGGUCAUCAAGCCCUACGAUUCCAUCUUUGCGGAUGCCAAGGCCCUGAGCCUGGCCCGAAGCCAAGCGGCAGACGAAACGGCGGCCAAGUUCCUGCUGUCCAACAAGGCCUCGUGGGCUCUUAGCCUGAACCUCGGCGGCGAAGACCAAGUCGAAGAGACCCGUAGCCCGAUCGCCGAUGCCAAGGCUGUCAAGAACGAGGCCGAACUGGAGGGCAUGCGUGCAUGCCACAUUCGCGACGGAGCCGCGCUGACCGAGUAUUUCGCAUGGCUGGAGAACGAGCUCGUUAACAAGAAGACCGUUCUGGACGAGGUUGAUGGUGCUGACAAGCUGGAGCAGAUUCGUUCCAAGCACGAUCUUUUCGCCGGUCUCUCCUUCGAUACCAUCUCUUCUACCGGCCCCAACGGCGCUGUGAUUCACUACAAACCGGAGAAGGGCAGCUGCUCCAUCAUCGACCCGAAUGCUAUCUAUCUGUGUGACUCCGGCUGCCAGUACUUUGAUGGAACCACCGAUACCACCCGUACUCACCACUUUGGUCGUCCCGAAGAGUUUGAGAAGCGGGCUUUCACCUUGGUUCUCAAGGGGAUGAUUGGUAUUGAUACUGCAGUCUUCCCCAAGGGUACCAGCGGCUUUGCAAUUGAUGUCCUGGCUCGCCAGCACCUCUGGAAGGAAGGUCUUGAUUUCCUCCACGGUACUGGUCAUGGUGUUGGCUCUUACCUGAACGUUCACGAAGGUCCUAUGGGCAUCGGCACUCGUGUGCAGUACACCGAGGUCCCAAUCGCUGCUGGGAACGUGAUUUCAGAUGAGCCUGGAUACUACGAGGACGGCAAGUUUGGUAUUCGCAUCGAGAAUGUUGUAAUGUGCCGCGAAGUCAACACUCCUCACAAGUUCGGCGACAAGCAAUGGCUCGGCUUUGAACAUGUUACCAUGACUCCCUUGGGUCGCAACUUGAUUGAACCCUCUCUCCUGAGCGACUCCGAGCUCAAGUGGGUGAAUGACUACCAUGCUGAGGUGUGGGAUAAGACUCACCACUUCUUCAACGAUGACGAGUUGACUCAGAAAUGGCUUGAGCGUGAGACCCAGUCCAUUUCAAAGUAA